AUGGGUAUUAUCGCCGACCUGGGCGGCUCAGCCGCCGCAAAAAUCACCUCAACCGAAGAAUACCAGGAUGCAUUGCAGCGCAGUUUUCUGACACCGCUGGCCCAUGCAAGCCCUGGAGACCAGGCCAACAUAAUCGGCGUGGUCACGCACUGCACAGAGCCCAAGGAGACACGCACCCACGACUACUCGGUCUGCAUAAACCUGGUCGAUCCCUCACUACCGCUUGCCGGCUUUCUUCCCUGCAUUGCAUUCCGCGCAUCACUCAACCAGUGCCGCAAUCUGGUAUGUGUUCCCGGCGACAUAGUAGUAUUUGACCGAGUCAAAAUCCAAGUGUUCGAAAAGGCGCAUCAGGCCGUCGGCUUCAAGGACAAGGAGGCGGAUAUAGUGCGCGUGGGCAUGUCGGUGGCCAAGAUGCACCCAGUGGUCAGGUAUCUGCGCGAGUGGUGGCAGCAGCGACCGGUUAGCGAAAUCCUAAUCCCGGCCAAGAUGCCAUUAGAGCAUAUGGAGGGUAUGCGGACAGAGAAGCAGAGGCCGGAAGUCACCAGCGGCAGCCGACCGCAAGCGCCCAAGCCCAUGUCGGGCUCGAAAAACCUGCAGCAGGUGCACCAGCUGGUUCCCGGGAAUUUUUCCGACAUAAUCGUCGAAAUUCUGCAUGUCACGCACCACGACCGGUCCUGGCACUGCCUAGUCACGGACUACUCUGAGAACCCGCUAGUGCACGAAACCAAAACACCAACCACGCCCGUUGUCGGCGGCAAGCGCCUGGUGCCGUUGAUAAUCAACAACCCACAGUAUAUCCCUGGCCUGCCCAGCGAGCUGUUGCUGAAUGCUUUUUACAAGUUCCGCCGGUGCCAUGUACGGGAGACCGAUAUGGAUGGUCUGCAGCUGAUGAUGAUGCCGGAUGCAAUGUAUCCAGACAAAAUCCUGGUGCGCAUGGUGAAGGAGGACAGCGAGGAUUUGCGUCCGUUGCUGAGGCGCCGCGCAAAGUGCCUGAGGCAAGUGAAGCCGCGCAAAAUGUCAACGAGACAGACGGACUUGGGCGCAGGUACCAACACAGCCUGCUGCACUGGCGCAGGAUCUGUCACCGAGCACCGCUUUGUGCUGGAACUGACCGAUGCCUCAGCCUCUGUUCUGGCCGUCUGCCAAGGCAGCUAUGCAGAGAGAUUGCUGGCGCGCGUGCCUGCCUCGCCUGGGGACGGAUCGCUACGAUCGCUGUGGCCGGCCGGCCAGCCGUUUGACUUUGGUGUGGCGAGUGUGCUGCUGCCGGGACCUGGACCGGCGCAUGGAUCGCUGGUCAGGACGCUGGUUGUGGUCGACAUGUAA